AUUCGAAAUUGGAUCCAAAAUUGGGGGUUUUGCAAAUCUUCAUCAAAUCUUGCAAUUGAGGGGUCCUUGGAGGUCGCCCGGAUGCCACGACCGCAUUGGAGUUGGUGCCCUACGUCAAUUUCACCGGAUUUCUCCGGAAAACGCUCCGACCCGCUGGAAACCGCCGGCGGGUCGGAGCUUUUUCCGGCGGGCGUGGAGGAAAAGAAAAGAAAUGGGGUCAAAUUGAAAAUUUUAAAAUAUAUAAAAUUCGAAUUUGGCCCUAAUGACCGGAAGUUAACCUAGAAACGGGCUAAUGGCUCAUUAGUGAAAGGAUUGUGUAAGUUCAGGGAUUUUUGUGAAAGGAUUUGAAGUUCAGGUACCACUUCGAAAUUCCAGCUAAAGUUCAGGUACCAUUUGUGAAAUUUACCCUUUCACCACCUGUUGUUUAGGUCUCUUUUGGUUUUGGAUGCAGCAACUGGGGGAGUGGAACUUUCUUUUCUAUACAGUAUUUUGGCGGAUAACAGAAUAAAAUAGACUUUGCGCAGAUCAUAUACAUAUAAUCUCCCCUUUGUCAUUGAGAAAUUUUCAAUGGCUACUUCAAGUGGUCCAUUUAUUGUCCAUUUAUUAUGUACUCUCUACUCUCUAUUAAAACUCUAUUACGUAGUACUCCCUAUUUUCCAUUACGUCUCUAAAUACUCUUUACAGUGUUUAUUUUCAAGUACUCCGUAUUCAACUUAUUAUAAAUACCAUUACACCCGCCACCACUCUCCGCCCAUUCUCAUCCAUCCUCCACCACCACCACUUCGCCUUGAUCAUAUCAAUCACCUCCGCCGUCGCCGUCGCCAACCACCAUGGUUCUAUCGAAGACCACCUCCCACACCGACGCCUCCGUCCAGUCCUCCACCUUCGCCUCCCGAUAUGUCCGCACUUCUCUCCCCCGGUUUCAGAUGGGGAAGGAUUCGAUCCCGAAGGAGGCGGCGUACCAGAUAAUCAACGACGAGCUGAUGCUGGACGGGAACCCGAGGUUGAACCUCGCGUCCUUCGUGACCACGUGGAUGGAGCCCGAGUGCGACAAGCUAAUCAUGGCUUCAAUUAACAAGAACUACGUCGACAUGGACGAAUAUCCCGUCACCACGGAGCUCCAGAACCGAUGUGUGAACAUGAUAGCGCAUCUGUUCAACGCGCCGCUGGGGGAAGGGGAGGCCGCCGUGGGAGUAGGGACGGUGGGGUCGUCGGAAGCCAUAAUGCUCGCCGGAUUAGCUUUCAAGAGGAAAUGGCAGAACAAGAUGAAAGCCCAGGGGAAGCCCACCGACAGGCCCAACAUUGUCACUGGUGCCAACGUCCAGGUAUGUUGGGAGAAAUUUGCGAGGUACUUUGAGGUGGAGCUGAAGGAGGUGAAGCUGAGAGACGGGUACUACGUGAUGGACCCGGAGAAGGCGGUGGAGAUGGUGGACGAGAACACCAUCUGCGUCGCCGCCAUCCUCGGGUCCACGCUCAACGGGGAGUUUGAGGACGUCAAGCGGCUCAACGACCUGCUGGCGGAGAAGAACGGGGAGACGGGGUGGGAGACGCCGAUCCACGUGGACGCGGCGAGCGGCGGGUUCAUCGCGCCGUUCAUCUACCCGGAGCUGGAGUGGGACUUCCGGCUGCCGCUGGUGAAGAGCAUUAACGUGAGCGGGCACAAGUACGGGCUGGUUUACGCCGGGAUCGGUUGGGUCAUCUGGAGGAGCAAGGAGGACUUGCCUGAUGAGCUCAUUUUCCACAUCAAUUAUCUUGGUGCUGAUCAACCCACUUUCACUCUCAACUUCUCCAAAGGUUCAAGCCAAGUAAUUGCCCAAUACUACCAACUAAUUCGAUUGGGUUUUGAGGGCUACAAAAACAUAAUGGAGAACUGCCAAGAGAAUGCAAUAGUGCUGAGAGAAGGGCUAGAGAGCACAGGUAAGUUCAACAUAGUGUCAAAGGACAAGGGAGUCCCCUUGGUGGCCUUCUCCUUGAAGGACAACAGCCGCCACACCGAGUUCGAGAUCUCCGACGUCCUCCGCCGCUACGGCUGGAUCGUCCCCGCCUACACCAUGCCCCCCGACGCCGAGCACGUCACCGUCCUCCGCGUCGUCGUCCGCGAGGACUUCUCCCGCACCCUCGCCGAGCGCCUCGUCAAGGACAUCCAGAAGGUCCUCGAGGAGCUCGACACCCUCCCGGCCAAGGUCGGCGCCCGGCUGGCGGCGGUCGCGGAGGAGACGCCCGGCGUAGACGUGGCGGUGCAGAAGAAGAGCGAGCGCGAAGUUACGCUCGAGAUCACCACGGCGUGGAAGAAGUUCGUUGCUGAUAAGAAGGUCAAGACUAACGGCGUUUGUUAACGUUACAUGUGCGCCAUAACAUGUGGUUCAUCCUUGCUUAUAAUAUAUAUGGACGCUUAUUCUUACCAAAUGCUCUUGAUUUAUAUACUCUUGAUUUAUGAGGACCCUUUUAUAUUAUCUCUAUACUUUUAUAAUGUAAGUCUUCCAUAUAUGGAAUAAAGGAAGCAUAAUAUCGUCUAGUAUUUGUUUAUUUGUUAUUAAGAUAUGGUUUUAUUGUGACUUGCAUGUUCUUUAUUUAAUUGAUCUUUUUUUUGUCGUUUUACCAUGAACUCUUCAUAAAAUGUAGGAAGUAUA